GUGUUAUGGCCUUUAGAGAGUUGGUGACGUAAGGUAAAACCUUUAUGGUUAAUUUUAUUACGGAAUUGAACAUGGUUAUCUAUAGCGGGGAGGGUUUAUACACGAGCCCUGCCCCUCCCUAGGCGAGAUCCUGCAGGUCCACAGGUACAAAGGUACAUUUUGAAUAACAACAGCGUAAUGUGUGUGCUGGAUAGCACUGUUGCCUUUUGAAUUUGGUCGGGUGUGACCGUUUGCUUUUUAAAGUAACUGAAUAUGCAGUGCGGCUAUUGUCAUAACGGCGAGACGGGAAUGCUUGUUGAGGCUAUAUGGCGUCACGGGCCAGCGCGCUCAAAUUCAAACGGCGUUUCAGUUGUCGUGUUGCGCUGGUGUUGGUAGCGCUCGUACAGGCCUUCGACCACGGUCAGCUAUGGAGGAAGUAUACGACGCAAUUGAGGAGAACGCUGGGGCCUACGGAGACGCUGGUGGGCCGGUCGGGGCAUUGUUCAAAGGCCUUUGCUCCGCAUUCAAGAUUUCGGAGAAGUGUUUCCUGGCUUUAGUAGAGGACGGAUGGGAUGAGGUGCAGCAGUUAGCAGACCUGACAGGGGCCUGGAAGGCGCAUGUCCUUGCCUUGGCGCCAAAUGGGGGCCAGAAAAGAAAUCUCGAAAAACUGAUCGAGCGGGUGGAGGCCGGCCCUCUGGAGGGGCAGGUGCCUAAGAGAAAGCGCCGGCACGAUGAGACGGACCCGCCUUCCCAAGUGGCUGCAACCCAACAGGAGCCAGACAAGGAUCAAGGUGCAGGCCCCAGCGGAUCAGCGGCAGCAGGUCAGACCGCUACGGAAUCGACUACCUCCCAGGUACAUACACUAUUACCAUGUAUAAUAAUCAUAAGGAAGGGUAAAAGUCCCGUUUUCAGACAAUAAUUUAUGCAGGGGAAAAGCCCCAUUUUCAGGCGAUGGUAAAUAAAGGGGAAAAGCCCCGUGUGAAGGGAAAAGGCCCCGUUGUCAGACAACAAUAAUCUUUGGACAGGGAAAAGCCCCGUUUUCAUUGCAGGCGAUGAGGUAUGAAGGGAAAAAGCCCCGUGUUCAGGCGAUGAGGUAUGAAGGGGAAAAGCCCCGUUUUCAGGCUAUAUGUAUGAAGGGGAAAAGCCCCGUUUUCAGGCUAUAUGUAUGAAGGGGAAAAGCCCCGUUUCAGGCUAUAUGUAUGAAGGGGAAAAGCCCCAUUUCAGGCUAUUUAUGAAGGGGAAAAGCCCCGUUUUCAGGCUAUGUGUAUGAAGAGGGGGAAUAUAUAAAAAAAAAAAAA